UCUGGACCAUAAUGAUGAAUCCCCCCCCAAUCUGUCUGGGACAAUGGUAACGGGUCGCAGCAAGCCCCAAUGCAUACCAACCGAGACCCAGGAAUUUCCAACCUCGUGGGAACUUUGAAUCCAGCUGUGCCUAAUAGCUAGAUGGAAACCAUAGGUUAUAGAUCACAGAAGAUCUCCUUUCUCUUUUCUACAUAUUAGACUGUUUUUUAAGAUCCAGAUAGCCUUGAGGGAACUCACACAUUACAGCCUGAAGACUACGUGUAUGUAAAGAAACAUACCAGGAAGUCCCUCGAGCCCCGAUUUGAAGGACCAUACCAAGUCCUCUUGACUACAGCCACAUCAGUCAAGCUGCAAGGGAAAGUCAGCUGGAUUCAUGCAUCACACUGCAAAAGGGCAGUAUCUGACCAUGACAACACUUUGGUUUCUGUUUAACUGUCUAAUAUUUUACAUCACAACCUUACAUGAUGAGCUGGAAAAGCAUCCAGAUGACAAAUUCUUGAAACACCACUUAAUGUUGGCACAAAAUCUCACAGUGAAAGAUUGCUGGAUAUGCACACAUGCUCCUACAUCUGCCCGGAGUAUGCCUUAUUUGGCUAUCCCUGUACCACCACAUGAGAUGUUCCAGGGGGAUUGCUUUGACACAUUAGCAAGCAACAAGACACGGUACACAAAAAAUUGGAACACUUCAGUGGGGAUUCCAAUAGUGGGAUGGAUUGGGCAACCCUGGUGGCAGGGAAGCCUGAGCAGUUUUGGACAAGGAUCACAGCAGAUACUGACCUUUAAGAGGGGCUCCUGGGUAGCAUGUGAAGUCACACAAAUACUAGACCUAGGAAGAAUACCCACACAGGGGAUAAAGGUCAGUUUUAGCAGAACAUCUGUAAGUACUGAUACAUUUAAGCCUAGUCAAAUAGAGAGGUAUUUACAUGACAAUAACUGGCUGAAUAAUUCACCUUUUCCUCAAGGUACCGGAGAAGAGUGUUAUAACAUGACAGGACACCAAAAAUUUAGUGAAUCCUCAUAUUACCAGCCCUAUGACCCGACAUGUAAUAACCCAGAUGUAGGUUACUGUGGUACAUUAGGACAGAAACCCGGUUGGUGCUACAUGACUAACGCCUCAAGACUGAGUGACAUAGUUAAUAAACUGAUAAAUCAAAAUUCAUCAUAUUGGGAACUCCCAAGAGACACGUAUUGGGUAUGCGGGAGGGAGGCCUACAAGUGGUUGCCAGUAGGAGUUAAUGGUACAUGUACCCUAGCCAGACUUACUCCCUCGACUUUUGUGAUACCCAACAAAGAUGUUGACAUGAGAGCAGUCCCAAGACACAUGCUAUACCAGAGAGCAGCAGACAACAAGGAAAGAGAAAAUGGAAGACCACAUGUAGUUCAGAUGGGAACAGCCAAUAAACUCUUCAGCACUCUCUUAGUAUACCCCAUGAUGAUGCAAAUGUGGGACAAAUUAGUUGAGGCCACUGCCUACCUUGACGACCAAAUAUAUGACAUUUUGGAAAUCACUAACACCUCUGUGUCUGUACAAAAUCAGCUGAUGAUAGUGACUAACCAGCACGCAAUAGUUCUUGAUUACCUCACAGCUGCUCAAGGGGGAAUGUGCCAGAUUAUAGGCCCCACUUGUUGUCACUACAUAGACACCCCAAGUACCAUCCAGAUGCACCACCAACUUGAAAGCAUACAAAAACUAAGGGAACAGUACACAAAAGACAAUGACCAAAAUAAAGGUAAAUGGUGGGGAGACACUUUCUCCAUAAUGAACCCAGCUACCUGGUUGAAAGGUAUUGGAGGAUGGAUAGGAGGCUCCAUACAUUUUAUAUUACAAGUCGCAGUUGUUAUUCUUUUAUCUUAUUUAGUUAUAAAGCUUUUGAUGAUAUGCAUAAGUCACUGCAAUAAAUAGAAUUAGUAAAUACUGAGUAUUGUUUACUUCAAAUGAAUGGGUUAACAUAAACAUUUUAUGCUGUUUUCCCAGGAUGUAGAAAAAAUAAUGAUCAGCAUUUGUUUCCAGGUUCUCAUGUCUCCUCUCUUUUUCGUUUGUUUCUAGAUUGACAUCACACCUGAAACACUCUUCCUGGUGAGGAUGCCGGUCCAUUACUCAGGGGACAGAGCCAAUUUAAGAAGACUUGGUUCCCUCGGACAACUCGCGGUCUGGGAUAGUACCUGAGAAAAGACCUGCUAUACACCUGACCUGGAGGAUUCAGUUCUUUCAGAUGAUGAUGUCAAAGGGGGAAAUUAUGGAAUUGGGUAGAGGAGACAACAUGGAGUCUCAUUUUUAUUUCAUAUUCUUGGUCUAAGCGACCGCAUUCUAUCAUUUCUUGUUUUUCUACAAAUUUAUGGACUGGAGAUAUCACGGCUAGUGGAUACAGGAAUGCAGGAAUGCAGAACUUUAUCUUUCUCUCCUACAGAUGCGUUUAGAAAUAACGGCUUGUUAUAUUCCAGCUUAAUCAUGUAUCUUUUUUUUUAUAUAUAUCCAAGUUUCUACUAACUAUGUAAAUGAUUUAUGUUUUUUUUACUGUGCACGUAAUUGAAAAUCAGGUAUAUAAGAAAAUACAUUUUGAGAAGAGGGUCAGAGUUAUACUGCCCUCGGUUUAAGUUACAGCACUUGUCUGUGUCUUCAUUGAGGGGCGGGACACAAAUUGGGAUUCCACCAACAGAAGACAACUGGACCUUUGGGGUCAAACCUAACACUGAUACUGAUCAGCACAGGGGAAAUCCAUUGACCUCAAG